UUGAGGUAGGUGUGCAGUUUAGUCCACUAGAGUUCUUGCUUUUCUCUCUCAAGAUGUCCUGGACUCAAGUCGUCGUGUUCUCUUUGCUCACCACCCUCCUCAUCCUCACCAUUUCCACCGUGGUAGAAAGUGCAUCAGUACGGGACGACUCAAAAGCAACUGAUUCUAAAGGGGCAGCAAGGCAUGUGUUCAUGCCUGAGUCAGACGCCUCUAACUUCUUCAAACGCCGCAGUCGGCGCUCACCCCAAUACUUUGCAGAGCUCCAAGCUGAGCAGAGGGUGAGGAUGUCAAACAAUGAGCGGAGGAGGGAGUACAAUGAGGAGCAAAGGAACGAGUUCGAGAACUACGUUGAGGAGGAGCGUGAUGAGCAACAUGAAAGAUCGAGGGAGGUGAACGAGCAGUAUCGAGAGUAUAACUACGACGGUCUCUAUCCUCGCCAACAAUGGUUCCACUGAGCGUGUUGAGGGACGGGGCUAACGUUACGGCGCCUCUCAAAUUAGCAGAACAUUGACACUGCAAUCACCUUUCCUCUGUGCAAAAGGGGAUUUUUGUUAGCCUUUGUUAGCAGCAAGUGCUAAAAGUUAUCUGUAUUUUUCCUAUCCUUUUUAACCCACAAAAUGUUUUCUUCUAUUUCAAUCUUUUAUGAAAUGAUAUAACAAUAUGUCUCCAUGUUCAAAUGUAAAGUGUAUUCAAAUGCAGUUUUUGUACUGUAUCUUCAUGAUAAAUGGAGGCUAUAUGUUUAGCAUGCUUGUUUCUACCGCCUUUUACAUGUACAUACAAGUUAUAUGUUAAUGUUAGCCUGAGGCAUUAGCCGCAAUAAGUCUUUUACAUCAGAAUUUAAUUGUUUUUGGCAGACAGGAGUUGUAGCUUCAUUCUGUACAAAGAAACUGACUUUGUGUCUUUAAUUCAAAAUGUCAAAUAAAGAUGG